AAAAAAAAAAAAAGAUUCAUCGCGUUGACAUGAAAACCGAUAUGCCGGACAUCAAGCAAGGAGAGGUAAAAAUUGAAAAUCGUCGGGAACCAUCGAAACAAGGUUCGAGAUCGAGAGUGUGUCAGGAGCAUGAUGAGCAGGACUGUCUAAGUGAAAAUGAACACGAGUUCGAAUCGCUGGAGUACGAGGAGGAUGUAUAUUAUUCGAAUUUAACAGCAACGCCGAGUUUCGAUGACAUUGAUGAGCUCAGCGACGACGUGGACGAGAUCGUUGUCCAUUGUUGGCGGGAUUCGAACGGUGAUAUAGACGAGAUCGUGGUGGACGAUGCAAAUUUGUCGGUGGAGACGCAGUUUUUGACCAAUGACGCCGAGGACGGCGCCACUAAUCGAGACCAGAAGAAGAAAAAGAAAUCGGUUCGAGUGAUAUUCCAGGAUUUUUCGAAGCCGUACCUGGCCAAAAUUAGCAACAGUCAAAAUUACAAGAAGUUCCUCGAAUUGGUAAAAGGAGAAGACGCCAGUCUCCAUUCAGCUGGUUACAUUUCGCCAACGUCAGAUAACGUGGUGAACGAAUUGCAAGGACUUUCUUUGGAAGAACAGAAUCGUCAAAAGGCGGAAUGGAGUGCAGAAUUGGCCAAAGUGGAGGAAGAGAUUCAAACCCUGAGGCACGUGCUGGCGAACAAGAUCAGAGUCUCUCAAGACUUGAAGAGGAAACUGGGUAUCAGCGUUUGGAAGGAGAUCACUGAUGAUAUGAAUCAAGGGUUGAAAAACGUUAAGGAGAGUCAAGUUUAUCAGAACGUCGGCGAGAAACUCGGUCAGAUCACCAAGGCAGUCACCGACAACAGUUUAUUCCAGAAGACGGAGUCUGUGUUCAAGACAACAGCUGAGAAGACGACCAGCAUUCUUGGCGGUUUCGGCAGUGGAUUAUCCAUGAAGCUUGGCCAGAUGCGUAAUUCAGACAGUUUUCGUUCAUUGGAGGAACGAGUUGGAUCUGCCUAUGAGAACAUGAAGACAAAAGUUGUGCCUUCAAGAUCCAACUCGAUGCAGAGUUUCAACGAGAUGCUUCGAGACACCGACUCGUUACGUUCUGCACCAACAGCAACUAGCCCGACCAUUCCUGAGGAUAAACUUCUGUCUUAGAGUUGGGCCUCUCAAUUCUACAUCGAUUUCUGCCUCUUCUCUGCGUAACAUGCUGAUGCGUCGUCGAUCCACGAUGCCGGUUGUUUCGCCCUAUGCUACUCACUAUCACUUUCCACCUGCGUAUUGCUAUGCGAUGUCAUAUAAUCGAUCAUCUAUUAAAAAAAGAACAAAAAAAAAAAAAAAAAAAAAGAAAAGGAAAAAAAAAUGAAAUUGUGGAAAAGAGCAAAAAGAGUUGGCUUCGCGGAACUCGAUUAUAAUGUGGUACAACUCGGAUGAUUCGUGUCUUUUGGAUGUCUCCUCGUGUGCACAAAAAUUGUGUAGGACAUUGGACGUUGUUGAAAUUGAUAAUUUGAUGCAACUUGACGCUUCUUUAAAAAACUACUCAGUAAGUUGCACAAUAAAUCUCUAUUGAAGCGAAAGAUAAUUUAUGAUAUAUAUUUAUUUCUUGUUUUUUUUUUUUUUUUUUUUUUUUCUAUUCUUUUUGUUCUAUUCUUUCUAGCUUUUUUUUUUUAUCUAUAUAUACAUAUAAAUUGAUUUUUAACGAUUGUUGAUUGGAACUUGUGUGUAAUUUUAUAGACAUGAAAUCUUGAUGAUUUUUUGAUAUUGUUAUUAUUAUUAUUUUUUUUUUUUUCGAUUCGAAAAAAAGAUGCAAGGAUUUUUGUACUGAUUAAUUAAUUCAUAGAGUUUUGAUUUUUGUACAUGAUGACAAGAGCUUGUAUCAGAAAUUUGCGUUUCCUCUAACGAAGAAGAUCAUGUUACCCAAGAAGAUGGCAAUUAAUUUUUCCUUAUUUUAUCGAACUUAUUUGCACUAUGGCGCAUUUUUUAUAACGCAUAAUAUAAUAUAUCGUUGAUACGUACCUUAAUGUUUCAACCUGUUUUUUGCACCACGAAUUUGUGAAUGUAGGGCACACACGCUUUGAAGAUAGAUAUUUUAACUCGGUGGCGUUUCCUCCCCGGACCUUAUUUACAUACUGGACCUCGAUUAAUAUAUAAAACAUCUGAAAUGGUAUUACCUCGAUGUAUUCCUAUGACAUACGAAUUCUGACUAUCAAUAUUCUUCGAUAAGACUCGUGCUUCGACAAUACUAUCUAUUUUCGUGUGAUAACAAGAGGAUCCAAUCCUUCUUUAACAGUUCUUUGAAAAUUAGCGCGGUAACAUUUCUAGAUUAUUCCUGGAUUUAAUUUAUGCGGGACACAGGUAGCUGCCAUUAUCUUCUUAAGAUUCUUAAAUUUAUCCUAAAAAAUAUAUAUAUAUUUAUCUUCAUACGUUAUUAAACGUCUUUAUAAUUAUAUCGUAAAAAACAUUUUAUAACUCGUUACAUUUAACUUAACAAAACGAUAUCAAUUUUAAAAAAAAAAAUGAUAUAGCAAUUAUGAUCAUGUUUUAUUCGAAUUGAUAUCUUUUAUCGUUGUAAAAAAAAAAAAUUAUAAAUUAUAAAUUCUAACUUGACAUUGUUAUUCAGUGAAAAAUCAAAUUCUUCGUCGAUGUGCUUUAACAAUUAUAUGUGUAUUAACGAGAAUUGUUUUCGUUUUGAAGAGUUUAUGAAGGGUCUAUGGAUGGUUUAGAAGUAGUAGUCAAUGGAAGAACGAGGCUUCCCGUGUUCCCGUGAUCAUUGAGCCUUACGAAUGACUUUCAAAAAAAAAAAGAAAAAAAAAUAAUGAAUAAAUAAAUAAAUAAAAAUAAAAGAAUCGAAUUAAAUGCAAAUUGACUAGGAAAGCGAAGAAUAUUUUUUAUUACGCUCUAGAAUGAAAAUUAAAUGGCGCGGAUGCGCGAUGACCAGAGCGCGUUUGUUUAACAGAUGUGUACUAAACUUUUAAGGAAUCGGAUGCAAUUAUAUAAAUACACGUUAUAUAGAUACACUGAUACACAAAGUAUUUUCAUCAUAUUUAAUUACGUUUAUCUAUCAUUGAAACUCGAUUUAAUGAUCCUUUUGAUGAAUCAUAAAUCUGCGCUCAUGUCGUCAUCGACAGCCUGCUACAUGAUCUACUUGUUCAUAUUGGUGAAUAAAUAAUUAUUU